CUCUUUUCCCGGUCCUAUUUCCACCAUGUAUGUCCCGUCGGCCUCACGAUCCGGUCAUCCUUUGCACCAAACCAUGUAUUGCCCUCCCAUACAUUUGUGUCAUCAUUAGCAGUCUUCGACGUCAAAUAUACGCACUGUUGCCACCAGCUUGAAGGUUAUCUUUCCCACCGACCUCCAAGAAGAUUUUUCUAUCUUCCACCAUCCUGCGAGCCUUCGUGAUCAAGUCACCUACCUCGCCAGUUCCUCGUCUACGCUCACGACGCUCAUAUCCCAACUUAUACAACCUGAUAUCAUCAUUGAAAACUGUCAUCCGAGGCAGUUCAUUUCUGAGUCAUAGACUGGUUUUUACUUUUGCAUCUCAACCUCAGGUGCUUUUGCUAUCCCACCGAAUAUUCUUCAGCACAACCCAUCCGGGGUUUUAGAAGUCAUAAUGCCUUCUCGACUUUCCAUUCGCACGAGGAAUGAUGAAGACCACACUGUCCAGGCCUCGCAUUCUAAAGCGCUCUCGGGUCUCACCCCACCAGUGACCCCAACUGCCGGAAAGGGCAAACCGGGUGGCAAGAACUAUUCGACCACCUUACUAUCGCCAGUCGAGACGAAACCGGAGGGGGCCUAUACAGGCAUUCGCUCCGUCUCAGAGCCUCUCGAAUACACCGAUGAUCUAGAGUAUCAUUAUGACCCCAAGGGCCACCCAAUCGAAUUUGGCAGUGGGGUUUGGAGUAUCGUCUACGAGGCGUCAUCUCGACCACGCCCCAGCUCUUCUUUGCUCACUCCACCCAGCUCACCCGUGUCGGGUGGCCACUUGGUGGCCGUGAAGUCACCGGCUCGUCGAGAUGCCUAUCGCGUUCUUGACGCCGAGGCUUUAACGUUGUCCCGACUCAGUAUGACACCUGGGUCUGAGCAUCAUAUCGUGCCCUUCCAUGGAUAUAUGUCCGAAUCUCAUUCAAUCGUCAUGUCCGCCGUACCUCUCUCAUUCUCAUCUUAUAUAGAGGAAAGGUCAGCCUCUGCGAGGAAACAAUUAUCCACCAAGACCAUGUUCGAGCCUAUCCAAGGUCUGACGCAGUGGCAUGACUUAGCCCAAAGACUUAUAGUCGGUCUUCACUGGCUGCACACGGAGCCCAAGAUCAUCCAUGGCGAUAUCAAGCCUCAUAACAUUCUGCUCCAACCGCAAUCGAACGACCUUGAAUCCACAACCGACAGAUUUCCUUUUGAUCCGCUGUUCGCGGACUUUUCCUCGGCCCACAACAUAGCUGGCCCCUCCUUGUCUGCAGAGAAACACACCGGCACAUCCCUGACCGCACUAACACCACCAUUCGCGGCCCCCGAGCUCUUAUCCGUGUCAUCCCUGACCUCUCCGGACUCCGCUCCCACCGCAGCAUCGGACGUCUUCUCUCUCGCCGUCACCCUCCUCGCCGCGGCGACGGGAGACCUGCUUCUAUAUCCGGGCACCAGCAACAUGCAGCGCCUGGCCAUGGCCCGGGAAGGUCACCAAGUGAUCGAAUUUGCCCGGUCUGGUCCCAACGGCGCCCGCAUUCCUCGCAACGGCAUCGUCGAGCAGAUCAUCAAGCCGGCGAUCACCAAGGAUCCGGCCCAGCGAAUCAACCCCGCUGAAUGGUUGAAACUGGUGCAGUCCUUGCGCUAA